UUUCUCCAAUGAAGCGAUCAAACAACAACAAGUUUUAAUUUAUUUUUAAUUUUUUACUUGGACCGUAAAAAACUUGAGUCCAAAGGCGCAACAGCGCUUUAUUUAUGCUUACGUGUUCUAGUAUUCACUCAAUUUCUUAUUAUGGUAACCAUUGCAACGUGUGAAAUAUUUGUCCAUAACAAAUGCUUAAGGUAAGCCAUUCGAUGAGACCGCCACGCAAACAAAGCUAAAAAGAACAAAAGGAAAGAGUUAUCUGCUAAAGUUCGUCAAAGUAAAUUUGAAUUAAUAAUUUUUUUAUAUAAAUUUCGGUAGAAAUGAAGCAUCAACAAGUUACGGUCGAUUAUUAUACGAUGUUUAAGACAUCGAUUGUUUAUCUGCUAUUGACUUUUCUCGGAUAUUUAUUUUUUAAACUGAUGCGGAUCAUGUACUAUUUGCCUGCAAUGUUGAAAGAUCAACAAAAGCAAUUCGAAGAGUUAGCCGAUAAAUAUGAUAUAAAAUUGGAUAAUAAAGAUAUUGGCGAUAUAAAAACGGACUCGUCCGAAGAUUUACUAGAAACAUUGAAAAUGGAUGAAAAAGAAACUGACGAGUUAAGUAAAUUUGAUAAAGAAAAGUAAUUGAUUUCAUUAGUGCCACAAAAUAUAUUUUUUUCAAUUUCGUCGUAAUA